AUGGCGGAAUUUUAUAUGGUGGAGAUGAUUGAGAUGAAAUUAGACGAGACGCGUGCCUUGGUUGACCUCUUAAUACCCAACAAUCACCCAACCUUCCCUCAUAAGCCUAGUACGCUCCGAAGCGAGAACGGACUAACCGCAUCCGUCCAGAAUCUCUUUGAUGACCAAACACCCUUCUGUAGUGAGAACUUUGGUGUUGUUCCCACUAUUCCCUUCGCCCAAUCUUUUCAGGGGCAUUCCUUCCCUUCGUCCUUGGCAUACCCUUCUCUCCGAAAGAAGACCGCGUCGGUGAGUACAUAUCAAGCAUUGCUUCAACCAUGCUUUUCCCACAUGGCUCCCCUGACUUAUAAACACUCUACUUUUACGCAUGCCAGUAUCAUGACUAGUGCAUUCUCAGAUCACGAAUUUUCCAAGAAAGCAACAAUGAUUUUGCCUAGCUUUCUAGCUUCAUCGGAAACCCUGCCCUUGCACGGUACAUGGAGGAGAGACUUGAACGAGCUAACGUUCUCGUCCCGCCCUCUUUCUAAGUCCCGCAUUCCCCUGCCACGGAGGGCGGACCACACAUCUCCCGGCUGUCGCAUCAUCCCAUCACGGUGCCCAAUUGACACUAAGAACGAUUCGAUGGAGGCUCGCAUCUGGGGAUGCGCUAGCCAAAUAGAGUUUCCCAAUCGAUCGAUGAGAAUGGAGAACUGGAGCAACGAAGUAGUAUGUCGUGUGACCAUAAAACUACUCCUCUUUCCACGAAGCUUGGUGAUCGAUAAAUCCACACCACGCAAAACCAGUCUUUGCUCACCGCUCUCGCUCCUUCAAACCACACUGAUAUUUCCUCCCAGGAAUUCGCCCAACCCGCUUUACCUUAAUAGAUUAAAUACACUCGUGUCUUCGAUCCUGCCUCACAAAUGCGGUAGGCUAGACGACAGUGGAAGGGGCCCACAUGUUCUUUCAGGGAGUGACAUCGGUAAUCAUCGUUUCACCAAGGUUAGGCCCAGUACCCUUGAAAAACGACUUAGUACUGGGCAGCGAGUGAGGCUUUCCUCUACGUGGUAUCAGGAAGACGUUUCUGAAAGGCUAAUCCUCGGAUAUAUAUAUGUACUGUACAUAUUUUUCAUGUAUGACAUCGAUCUCGAAUUCGCAGGCUAG